CGACAGGCGGACAGGCAAAGAUGGCUACAUCGGCUUGGCUGCGUGGCCCGUCCGCGCUGCGGCUAACGGAGGGUCUGGUGUCGGUUCUGAAGGAGCAGAGAGCCGAGUACCUACCGGCUCUGCUGUCCAGCUACCGGGAACAUGGCGCCUUUACCGGGCAGGGUCCUAGCGUGGCGGGAGGGCUGGUGGGAUUCAGCAACGCCAAACUAAACUCCAGUAAGACCAGGUUUGAGGGCCUGUGUCUCCUUGCCAUGCUGGUCAAAGACAGCUCCAGUGAUCUGUUCCAGCAGCACUGUCUGUCCUGGCUACGCUCGCUGCAGCAGGUCAUCCAGUCCCAGGCUCCGGUCCAGACAGUCCAGCUCGCCGUGACCAUCCUGAAGGACAUCCUGCAGUAUUCGUGUCAGCUUCCUGAACUGGCCAGAGAGGUCGGCCUCAACUCCAUCCUGGGCAUCCUGACAUCUCUGCUGGGACUCAAGACCGAGUGUGAGCUGCCCGCCAUGGAGGGGAUGACGGCCUGUAUGACGUUCUACCCUCGAGCCUGUGGAUCUCUGAAGGACAAACUGGGGGCGUACUUCCUCUCUAAAAUGGACAGCACCAACAAGAAGGCCCAGGAGAUGGCGUGUCAGUGCUACGGUCGGCUGCCCUGCCUCGGCGGGCUGUUGGAUCGAGGGGUGGGUACCGGUAGAGCUGAGGGCUGGACCAAUCAGAUUCACUGCCUGCUGGCGUCAGCCAACGGGCUGCUGGCUCAGAUCUACCAGGGAUCAGAAACAGAUGCGACGCUGCAGUAUGACGGACCUGGCAUGGAGCUGGCCUUUCCUCCUCUGGACCAAUCAGAUCCUUUGUUCUUGAUGCAGCUUCAGCACAGAUACACAGCCAUCUGCACGGCACUCAAACACACCCUGAGGGUAGAUCCUUCCUCACCUGUCAGCUCCAAGAGCAUCAAUCUGACAGGUGACGGUAGCCUGAAGUUGCUGGUCCUUCCUACCAUCCAACGCCAGACUCUGGAUGUCCUGUCAGCUCUCAUCACUGUGGUUCGUAGCGGGAUGGUCCUGUACUCGGCGGUCCUGCAGAGGCUCUUCUCUCAGACUCUGACAGCAUGGACACCUGUACCCGAGAGCAGUCUGGGACAGCAGAGAGCAUACAGCUCAGUCCGUGUCUCUGUAUAUAAGACCUUGGAGCUCUGGGUCCAGGUGGGCGGAGCCUCUGCCAGCGUCCUGCAGGGUAGCCCGGGUCAUUCUGAGCUGCUGUUCAGUCAGCUGCUCAGUGACAUCACACCAGGGGCGGAGUCUAUCAAGCUCCGGGCCGGUCUAUCAGCUGAUGUGGUUCCUGGAGGUAAACCGGGCCCUCGGAGGACUAAACCUUUGGUGAUGGCGGACUCUGUGAGCCCGUCCCUGCAGAGAAAAGGAGACCAGCUGGCCAAUCAGGACACGUGUCUGUCAGCGCUCAGAGCUCUGAGACAGAUCGUUCUGACCAGCGGCACGCUGCUGAAGGACGACGUACACAAGCGCCUCCAUGAGGUCGUCCUCCCUCUGUGCGUGCGUCUGCAGCAGCAACAGUCCGGCUGUAGUACUUCCUGUGAGUCUGCAGGGGGCAUCAGCGGGCAGUACAGCAGUGCACUGAGCCGACGAGAGUUGUACAGGCUGCUGCUGGCUCUGGUUCUCGUCCCGUCCCCGUGUUGGCCUCCUCCUCUCACCUGUGCCGUCUCCAUCCUGAGCAGCGGACGCACCGACAGAAACCUAAAGGUGUCGUCGUUCUGCUCCGAGGCCCUGACCAUCUGUAACGCCCUCCUCCACCCCCGUGUCCCCCCCAUCUCCCUCCCCUUACCCCCCCUCACCCUGAAGCCCACCCCCUCUGCUCCGGUCCUGUCCUCCUCACAGGGACUAACUCUGCCCACCCUCCUUGGAGGCCCUGGUCCUGGCCCUCCCUUCCCAGACCGUCACCCCAUGGGCCUGGGUCCUGCCUCCCUCCUGGGUUCUCUGGAGAACCACCUCUCUCUGGUCCCCGGUCUGCCAGGACAGGGCCCCCCCACCACUGACAUGAUCCUGUCCCACCAGCCGGAUCCCCCUGGACUGGGGCCCCCUGAGGGCCAGAGACCCGUGUUUGUGCGGUAUGACCGUGAGGAGGCGGAGGACGUGGAGAUCUCCUUGGCGAGCGACUCUGACGACAGCGUGGUCAUCGUCCCUCCCGGCAUGCUGAACAUGGAGACCCAGCAGGAGGAGAACGCCACCAGCCUAGCUCCUGCUCCACCAGGGGGCACUACAGUCUCUCUACCAGGAGCUGAUGCUGCCGCCGCGGCGACCACGUCCACCAUCGAUGGCGUCUCCCUCUCUAACGACCUCGCCACCACCUCCACCACCCCCAUCAACUCCUUCCCACCCUCCAGCACCUCCAUGGUCUCCCUAGCCCCUCCCCCCAGCUCCACCUCGCUCACGGAGCCCCCUGGUGUCCUGGAGGAGGCUCUACCAGGGCGACCGCAGCUGCAGCAGAUGCUGAUGCAGCCGUCAGCCCCGCCCACCGGCCUCCCUCUACCGCUCCAUGUUCACCAGCUCCAGAACCGCCACCUCCACCCACAACAGGCUCCGCCCCUUAGCAACGAAGACUCAGGCGUCAUCAACAUAAACAGCUCCGACGACGAAGAUGAGGAGGAGGACAUGGAGGAGGAGGAGGAGCUGGACGAGGAGGAAGAAGGGCUAGAUGAGGAGGAUGAGGAGGAGGAGGAGUUCUACGACGAGGAGGAUUACGAGGACUACGAUGAAGAGGACGGUGAAGAGCUGGAGGAGGAAGAAGAAGAGGAGGAUGGAGAUAUCCCUCCUCUAGAGGGAGCAGACAAAGAGUCUGGGCCGGCGGUGGUGGAUGAGGGCGGGAUGGCUGCGUUCAACGUGGAGGCAGAAGAGGAGGGAGGCAUCGAGGAGAUCCAGACCAACAGGACCCUCUACGGCGAGGACAGGAUGAAGGUACAGGAGGUGGAGAGCAUCGGCGUGCUGGAGGAGGGCCGCAGCGUGGACGGUGAGCUGGACGACCCUGAGAGGAUGGACGACCCCACCAUGCCUCAGAUCCUCUGUGUGACCGGAGGAGCCCUGGAGGAGCGGGACGAGCAGGAGGACGAGGAGGGAGGAAGAGAGGGAGCAGGAGCAAUGCAGGAGGAGACGGCAGCAUGGCAGGAAGGAGCCCAUGAGGGCGAGCAGACUGCGGCGCCAGAGGACAGCGCAGCCAAUCAAAAUCCAGAGCAGGAGUCAGGAACUGAAGCUGCUCCUCAGGAGGAGGUGACCGAGGGUGAAGAUCAGAAGACCAGCCAGCAGGAGGAACAAAAAUCAGCUGUUCAAGAAGAAGAGACCCUAGCAACAGAUCCUGAAACAUCAACAGAUCCUAAAGAAGAAGAGGGGGGAGGAGGAGGAGGAGAGGUGGAGGCUGAAGGAGAGAAGGAGAUGGCAGAGGAGAAGGAGAGCCGAGAGAGUGAUGGAGAGGAGAGUAAAGGAGUGAAGAGGAAGAGGGAGGACGAGCAGAGGGAGGAAGAGGCCGGGCAGAGCACAGAGAAGAAAAAGCCUGAUGAAGAGUCGAUGGCGUCCAUGUUGGCUGAUUUUGUGGCCUGUCCUCCCGACGAUGAAGACGGAGCGUCUGGAUCAAAGCGCUCCUAAACAUGAACUCAUGCUGUUACCAUGGAGACCGUAUCAUUAGAGACACUCAUAUCUCUGCUGCCGACCUUUAAUCUCACAUCCACGCCACUUUUUUUUCAUUUACAAACGUGAGGAGAUUCAUCUUCUGUUAAAACAAGUAAAACUAGUGUUACAGUUAAUGAUAAAGACUACAUUUCCCAUGAUGCCAUGCAGCUACACUUGACUUCAUCAGUAGUGUACAGACUGAGUGUUUUUGGUUAAUUUGUCCUUUUUAUUCUCUUUAUGUUCCUGUCAUAACUCUGAUUCAACUCAAGUAAAAAAAAAAAAAA